AUGAGACCCUCUCCCCGACCAGAAACCACGCAAGUGCUUCAUAUGAUCUUAAGGCAGAAGCGUGCCCCCAAGGAAAAAUGCGAGAAGGAUCUUUUAUUGACCACCGAGGCGAAGAUGCAGACUUUGAAGGACCUUGUCAGGAAGGAAUUCACUCUCCAAGAUUCAGUUGACCACCCCCGGCUCUGGACCCUGCGCUUCACCGAUGACAGCGCCCUUGUGAAAAACCUUGGCACCCCUCCUGUCCCUCAUUCGGAUGCCCAAGGUCAAUUCCCUCGCCGAUCAUCAGCCGCUCCUCAAGUUCCUGAUGCCGACGCGGCUGCUGCUCUCAGAACGAGCCAACCUCUUGACGAACUCGACCUUGGUUUGGGUCUAACUUGA